AUGACCUGUUUUGAAACCUUUUUCGCAGUUAUUCGUUAUGAAAAAAAGUCCUGCGCUCCCUUGCCUAAACACAAGGUUAAGCUGUUACGCGAAGUGCGGAACUGCUGUAAGCGCGACAGACUUUUGCAUCUAUUAGGUGCCUCUGGUGAAAAACGACGGCAGCUUCAUGAGGCUACAAUACCCACGAAUCCUGAGCCCCUAAACAAGGAUCUGGAGGUAAAUGUAGAGGUCCAGAUUAUUGACCUUAAAGAUGUCUAUGACAAGAAAACUAAGAAAGUAGCUGCCGGCUUAGAAUAUCGACUUGAAAAUCCUGUGGUGACUGUUGUGGUCCGGGCAUCUGUGGAAAUCACUAACGUCUACGUACAUGUACAGAGGUGUGCAAGAGCUGCCAUAAGAACGCACGACACUAGUGGUUCUGUUGAGCUAGAAGUAAGCACUUCGCAAAGCGAGACGAACCGACGAGUCAUUUGUGUCGAUCUUGGUUCGGUUUACAAGAAAAAAGGUGGGGAUCACUUCUACUGGUUGGAGAAGGCUGACAUCGCAGAGCGAAAUAAAUGGGAACUGACCUUUACAAUAGAGUUGAUCUCGGGAUUGACAGCCAGUGCUACAUCCAGACCAUUUCGAGUUACGACUAAAGCCAAUUACAAGAGAGGAAGUGAAGAUUAUCCAAGUGUUGGCAAAGCGCAAAAUCUUAGUUGUAAGAUCACCGUUCCAGAAAGCCAAACCAUUACGAACACUGGUGUGACCACACUCCAAGAAAGUAGAGAGAGUAAGAAGGCUAAGCUGCAAGACACUACCAUAAUGACAGAUGAUAUUGUUUGCAACGAGGUGAGUCAGGAUCUAUCACUCGUCAACCUUGAUGGAAUAGACGACGUUUCAAGGGAAGAUUCUUUGGAAGAAGAGAGAUUAAUACUGCAGCCAAACACAGUAUUAGACAGACAUCUGGUCGCAUCAUACUACAGUCAGGAGCCGAGGAUCCGUUAUGUUGUUGAACAGCCUGAGCUUCCUGCUUUGUUGAAGCUGGUGGCAAAGCGAUCUAUGCUGGUCGGGGAUCGUCGGAAGAAAGCCAGGAGAAAAAAGUCCACUGAUAAAAACUUUUGGUGGGCUUGUGGCCACUGCUUUUUUGAACGACAAAAAAAAUCGACCAUCAGAGCUCAUUUAAUUCAAGAAGUUUGUAGAAAACCAAGACUGCAAAGACAAAUGUCGAAGAGAAUACGUUCUGUUUCCGAGUUAGAACAUCGAUCCGAGCUUGACAAGUAUAGACAUGAUUCAUGGAAAAGGUCGAUAUCAAUUUGAAGAGAUCUUUAGCUUAGAAAUUUAAAAAAGAGGUUUAUAACAUAAAUGAGAACGUUGUUACAUCUUUUUAAAAUAUCUUUUUUAAUAGUUUCAACUACGUCCUGUGGUUUACAAUUUGCAGAACAUUCGAAUCGGUAAGAGUCCUUAUUGGAAAAAACACAAGUUCUUUUCCUUUGACCCGUACUUUCUUGCCUAAACAACAGGCUUGAGAUGUAACGCGUUGUGCGGAACCACUGUAAGCCUUUAUAAGAGACUUUAUAACUAGAGUAAGCACAUUUCAUGACAUAUCAUUUCUAUUAAUAACUGCGUGACUGGACCCACGUGUAUGUCCCGUUUCCUGUUUUACCAGGUUACUAUGGAAAAUUUCGCUCCCUCUUACAAGAAUGUCUUCGUGUCGAGCUGUAACCAGGAACAGGUUUCUUUCUCAGCAAAUUCAUGACCUGUUUUGAAACCUUUUUCGCAGUUAUUCGUUAUGAAAAAAAGUCCUGCGCUCCCUUGCCUAAACACAAGGUUAAGCUGUUACGCGAAGUGCGGAACUGCUGUAAGCGCGACAGCUAGGUCGAUCGAGUACUUUCUAGAAUUGCAUUACGUGACCACUCCGGCGGUCAUUAAUUUAUUUUUUCACUACGUGACGCCUUGAACAUUUAGAAUAUGAAUUUAAAACUCACAAAGAAGACGACCGCAUUGCCGGUCAAUGUCAUUUUGAGAAUUGAGCUGAAACCAAAAUCUUCUGCACAGUUAAAUUUUUGAAAGAAAUCUUCUGCAUUGGACGAAACCAGAACAUAAAAAUGACCAUUCUAAAGUUAGCUGUACACAACAAUCAUGACUGUCAAGAGUGAAAUGUUUACAAAGUGUUACAAAGUGUUUUCUAGACUCGUUGACCCCGACGGCGCGCUAUAGUCCGUCAAAAGCAAAUCAAGCGAGCUACGAAGUAGUCGUAACACUCGUAACCAAACAUGGAUCAAUCAUCGAGAUAUGUAAACCAGUGGGUUGAAUGGAGCGAUGUGAGGAUAGCAAGCUACGCUUGGAGAAAAGGGAAGAAAUAUAGAGAAGGCGAACGCCGAGUGAACGAUAACAAAUAUUGCACAAUCAUUGUCGAACGCCUUUUGACUAAAACCGGAACAGUCAGAGGCCAUAAUCGCCUUUUGUUAGCUAAAUUUGGGCGGUUGUUUUUAGCUUUGAACUCUGAUUUAGAAACAAGAGAAAGCUGACAUCACUAAUUUUUACCGCUAUUGCUUAAUCACUUCUGCCAUUGCAAGUUCUAUGUUUUGCUCAAGACGUUUCGGCUGGUGCUUGAGCCUUCAUCAGUUGAAAUACUAACGUUAGUACGCGUGAUUCAAAAACCAGCGCGUCGAAAGCGCGCUGAGGAAACUUCCGCGUGAAGUUUCAAGAAAACGUAGCGCGAGCGUUAUGCGCAGGCCAAAGACUUGUAGACUUCUACUCUAUUUUUAAACACAUUGGAGACUGGGCAAUGGUCUGGAUUGGAGCCAGAAUUAUAAGUUCUAGAAAACAACCUAACUCAUCACCAGUUUAUCCUAAAAUUAACUUAUUUACAUCGUUCGAACGUCUUGAAUUGAAAUACGUGACAUCCUUUGUAGUCUGGCACGCUUUCAUUGGCGGUUGGUAGUCACGCGAAAAAAUAUUGUGCAUAAGAUGUCAAAUAUUUAAAAUCAAAAUCAAAAAAUAAUUGUAAUAAAAAAUCGUAAGGUCCCAAGUGUCACUAAAUUUCUAAAUGCCCCACUUAAAAGGAAAAGAAAUUAAAAUUCACGGUCUUUGGAAUCCGUGUACGAGCCGAGUAGGUGGCAACAGUAUGUGAACUUUGUAGACCUCACGUGUCCAGUCGAGUGCGGAGUAUGUCACAGCAGAUUCAUAGCAGACUGUUCUGAAAACAUUUUUUUUUUUUUAAGGUGGCUGAAAACAGUUUCCAGCAAUUUCCAAAGCGUAGAUUUUGAUAGGUCAUUAAAAUCACUCUAUAUCCAUUGUUGCCACAAUCAUAGUAUCAAAAAACUGCCCAAUCAUUGGUGAGAAUAUUAAUAUUGGCGUCAAUUUUGUGGCACAAUAGGUUACCAUAGCAACAGUGUUACCUGCUCAAAACACCCUGAAUUUUAGCUUGAGGCGCUUAUAACUCAAAAACGAGCUCAGUUAACCAAGUUUUUAUCAUCGAAUUGUGUUAAGCUUUAUAAGACACAAAGUUUUACAAAGUUUAAAAAAAAUAUAUGUGCCGAGGGUUCAGAAUCACCUUAAAUACAUACAUACAUACUUUAUUCGUCCCAAAAGGGCUUUUCGGAAUAAAGAUAGAAC